AUGGAGGACGUGGUCCAACAUCUGAAGAGUCGACAGUCGACGUAUGAUAACGCUUACGAUAACACCUAUUACUGUAACGGACGUUACUACUCAAACUACGAUGACUGCUACUCCAACUGGUACUCUUGGGGCCGCUGGAUCUUCAUCGCGGGCAUCAUAAUUGCCUUCCUCAUCCUCUUCUUGCUCUGCGCUUGCAUAACACGCCGCCGCCGCCGCCGCGGCCUCCAACCCUACUACGGCACCGCCUGGAUGCCCUUCCGCCCCAACAACCCCAACACCAACCCCAACGGCACGCAGUUCACACAGUACGGCCAGCCGCAGCCCUACGACCCCAAUAACCCGCAGUACACGCAGUACUACGCGCCCCCGACUGCCCCCGCGCCACCGUAUACGCCCAGCCCGAACAUGCCGCCCGCCUCGUCCCCGUUUACGCAGCAGCAGCAGCCGUAUUAUCCCCCGCCGCCGGGAUCGCCGCCGGGAAUGGGAGGCGUGACCCAUCAUAGUACCGGUGAGACCAGGGAGAGCGAUUAUUAUAGUAUGCCGCCGCCGGGGCCGCCGCCGCAGGCGCAUGUAGGGAAGACUUAA